CUUUUUGGGGCUUUGUCGUUUCGACUUGUUUUGUUUGCGUUUUGGGUACUUUUUUUAAAUUUUUGCGGUUUUGUGAAUUCAAGAUUCUGUCUUUGACUCUCAACAGUGUGGUGUUGAGGUGUGUGUGUUGGUGUUUUUGGGAGUAUUAAAAGGACCUAUGCUUUGCUUCGGUUGGUGGGUUUUGAAAUUUUGAUUCUUUUUUUUUUUUUUUUUUAUUAUUGGGAAUGGCUUUCUGGGUUUUUGGUUUUACUUAUCCAGAGGUGGGAAGAAAGGUGAGUUUUAUGAAUUCUAUGGUGUUGUUCUGUAGCAAAAAGGUCGGGAAUGCAAAGCUUUGGGUUGUGAAAUUUGAACUUGAAGGCUAGGUUCUGGUAUUUGGUUGGAGAAAAAUGAUGGAUGGGCGGCGUCAUUCUGUUGAUAUACCUAUCUCUAAAGCUCUUGUGGCUCUGCGGAGGGUGAGGUCUCUAAGGGAUCCAUCAACUAAUCCUAUGAGCAAAUUCUCUUCUCCGGUUGAGAAUGUUAAUUGGGAAACGAAUUCGGGUAAUGAUAUCUCUAUGCUAUUCUUGAAUACUUUCCAAGAAGGUGGUUCUGACAACCGUAGUUGUUUGAGGCCAAAGAAUUCGGAUUUGUAUGGACAAAGAGAGGAUUGCUUAGAUGAUUUUGAACUAAACUUGGGUUUAGAAAAGUCUAGAUUGAUCCUGCCUGAGAAUUCAGAGUGGGUUGGAAGCACAGGGAGUCCUAGGAGCAAUCAGGGUGAUGAGUUUGAUCUUUCAGGGUCAGAUAAGGAAGAGGUUUUUAGAAAUAAAUCACUGAGUCAGAGAUAUAAGAGCAGUCAUAUGGAUAAAGGAUUGGCCAUGACAUGCGUCAAGCCUUUGGAGGAUGUGGAUUAUGAAGAAGUUGUCAGAUCAUCAUGUUUAGAAAGAGUAGAUCAGAUUGCAUCAAAACGAAAAUCACAGUGUAAAAAUCGUGUUGAUUUGUCUGGGGCAAUUGGUCAUCGUAGGAGUCGAACUGGCAGUCCAUGCCCUUCAGCAGGUGAUGCUCUUUCAAGCCAUGGUACACCCAUUUUUGCAAACGAAGAGGUUGGUAUUGGAGAUCAUGAUCAUCCUGGUGGUGGAAUAAGCUGCUGCUGGUCAAGAACCCCUAGAUUCAGAGAAGCUAACAUUUCUUUUGAUGCUGAUGACCAUCCUUUGUUAUACAAGAAUGUAGAUGAUAUUUCACUUUAUGACCACAGAAGCUUGAAGCGCAUAGGAAAUGAAACCAAUUCACAGUUAGAAAAGCCCAGGAGUCUGAGUCAGAAAUUCAGGCCAGAGUCUUUCAUCGACUUGGUGGGACAAAAUGUUGUUGCAAGGUCUCUUUUGGGUGCUAUCUCUAGAGGAAGAAUAACCUCAUUCUAUCUUUUCCAUGGUCCACAAGGCACAGGAAAGACAUCAGCCUCAAGAAUUUUUGCUGCAGCACUUAAUUGUCUUUCACUGGAGGAGUAUAGGCCGUGUGGUCUCUGCUGCGAGUGUAAUGUGUACUUUUCUGGAAACAGCAGAGAUAUCAAGGAAAUAGAUUCUGUGAGAAUCAACCGGAGAGACCGCGUUAGGUCUCUUAUUAAGAAUGCAGCUAUGCCUCCAGUUUCUUCACGGUUUAAGGUUUUCAUCAUUGAUGAGUGCCACUUGAUGCGUGGGGAAACAUGGGUGACUAUUUUGAGUAGCAUCGAUAACCUUUCUCAACAUGUUGUCUUUGUGAUGAUCACUCCUGAUCUGGAUAAGCUGCCGCGGAAUGCAGUAUCACGGUCCCAGAGAUAUCACUUUCCAAAGAUUAAGGAUGGUGAUAUUGCAAGCAAGUUGGGAAAAAUCUGUGUUGAAGAGGGUCUUGAGUUUGAUCAGGUUGCUUUGAACUUCAUUGCUGCCAAAUCAAAUGGUUCACUUAGGGAUGCAGAGAUGAUGCUUGAUCAGCUAAGUUUGCUUGGUAAAAGAAUCACAAUGGGUCUGGCAUACGAGCUUAUUGGAGCUGUUUCUGAUGAUGAAUUGCUUGAUUUGCUAGAUCUGGCAUUGUCAUCUGACACUUCUAAUACAGUUAUAAGGGCCAGGGAGUUGAUGAGAUCAAGGAUUGAUCCCAUGCAACUUAUAUCGCAGUUGGCAAAUCUUAUUAUGGACAUCCUUGCUGGUGAGGAAGGUGGUUCUGAAGUCCAGAAAAGGUUCUCUCGUAGGCAUACCUCUGAAAUGGACUUCCAGAAACUGAGUCAUGCAUUGAAAAUAUUCUCUGAAACUGAGAAGCAAUUAAGGGUAUCCAAGAAUCAAACAACAUGGCUUACUGCAGCUCUAUUGCAGCUAAGCUCUGCAGAAUCAUCCUCAUUGGAUGCUAGUGAUACAAAGAGUUUGAGAAAUACACAAGAGAGAGGGCAGAGCUUCAAGAAUCUUGACCCUACUUCAUGCAAUGUUAACACAUCAGACAAGUUGGGAAUGCAGAAGGACAUUGAUGAACAGUUGGAAUCCAUAUGGAAGAGAGCUAUAGAUUUAUGCCAAUCCAGGUCAUUCAAGAACUUUUUGAGGAAACAAGGAAGAUUGUCGUCUCUAUUUGUGAAUCAAGGUCUCGCUAUAGCUGAAUUGGAAUUCUGCCACCCUGAUUAUGUAUCCAAGGCUGAGAAGUCAUGGAAAAUCAUUGCAAGUGCACUUCAAUCUCUAUUCGGUUGUAAUGUGGAGAUCAGGAUCAAUCUUGUACGUGCUUCCGAGUCAAAGUAUGCAAACGUGAAGAAGCCAUCUUUCAGGUUGUUCAGCUGUUCCCGCAGAAUGCAACAAAAGUCACCAUCUUUCUGUGAGCGCGGAAGUGGUUCAGACUACUCUGAGUACACAUCGGAAAAGCCUAUAUUAAGUGAUAGACCUAUUUUACCUUGUUCUUGUGAUUGUGCUUCUCAACUGCCACAUAACUGCUGUGACAAAAUGGUGGUUGUAAGUACAUUGAGAAAUAGUGAAGGAAACAUACUGAGCACAAGAGCGGCAUCAUCCCGCAGAUCAUUUGAAGAUGAUACACCAAAGGCACCUGGAUUAAUGGUUGAUUCUUCAAAGGAAGAGGGAAGCAACCAGGACUGCCAGGUUUUAUCUUUUCAUCAACCUGAACAUCAACCAAGGUGUUUCCCGAGAACUCUGAGGAUUCAAAAGAAGUUGUGUUCGGCAGAUGCUAAUCAGGUGACCUGUUGCACUAAACUACAAAACAAGUUUGCAAUCCCAAGUAGGACAUCUUUUGAAGCUUGUCUUUUGGGAAGUGAUUCAUAUGCUUUCUGCAGCGGCUCUGACAAUGGUAACAACACUGACAACUAUAAAGAAGAGUUGAAGGAAAAUUCAGGUGUGCUUUGUUGGAAAACCCCCACGCUUCCCUCAGGAAAGGAUUGGCAGCUGAGGCACCAACAGCAAAAUUCGAAACUAGUUGGGUGGGUUCUUCCAUGUGCAACUGCUUAGGCUUUUAGUAGUUUUGCUGAAAAAAGUAGCUUAUAUGCUAUAGGACCUUCAAAGGAAUUCAUACCUCAGGAGCAUUUGUCUACUGAUACAUUGCAACAGUCAUUGAUGUUAUAGAUAUAUAUUUUGGGAACCCAGAUUAAGGGUUAAAUUAAUAUAAGUACUGUCUUCAUGCGAUC